AUGCCGCCGUUUCCUCUCCCCGUUUCUCACUUCCUCUGUUUUGUUCUGGUUCUGUCUCGGCUGAGCACGUCCUCUGGCCUCCGCACUCUUGCCGAGUGCGUCGGGCCUCUUCGGACUGCCUCAGGCUGCGACCCCGGCGUUCAGCAGCCACGGGCGGCGCCUGUUCCUUCGCUGAGUCGGGCGAGGCCGUUGGGAGGAUGGGGCGUCCCGCGCGCGAACUCUCGCUUCGGUCUCUCCCGCAGUACGCCGUUGCGUUGCGAAGUGAUCUCUGAAGGUCAAGAAGCACAUGCCUGGCGAUCGCAUGCAUGCAGACAGCCAAGCCGAGCGGGGCAACCCAACGAAAGCGACUCACAGAGAGAGCUCUGGAAGGCUGAAGACAGCGAUGACGGCUGGCGGAGAGGCGAGGCGAUGCCCUCUGAGGGGGCGCGAGGGUUAGAUUCCAACGCGAACGGCUUUACGGGAGGCCAGCACAGUGCGUUCCUCUCCAGCCCGCCUACGGGAAGCCUGAAUGCAGUCAGUCUGACCAGCAGUUCGCGGGCAACGUUCUUAUCCACUCAGGUGCUUCGCUCGUCCCCUUCCCGGUUUUCGUCUUCUUGCUCUUUUGGACUGCCACCUUUUCCUGUCAGCCGGGCUGCGACUCCUUUUGCGCCGGGUUUUUUCAGUAUUCCGGUCUAUUCUGCGUCGUCCUGCGCGCACGUCUGCGCCUUACCUCUCUCUUGCUCCUUCGCCCACGCUGCGGGUUCGUCUCUGCACCGCGGAGACUGGCUCACAGCAGGCUCGCCUGCUCACCGGCGCGUGACCUCUGGCGCUCAGUUUGGCGCCUCAGAAGGGCCUGGGCUUCCGCUCCCACAACUGCCUCCUUCGUGUCUCCUGCGUCGUUGCCUCGCGUCAAGUCGAGCGAGCACCGGCGGCGACGCGGAGCACGCGCGCCUGCUGAAGAACUUCCAGCAGGAAUUCGCUCAGCUGCAGAGUCUCUUGCCGUCCUCGCUGCCUCCGCAGCGCCCAGGCACCUCUCCUGGCGCGCCCGCCGAGGGUGGCGCGGUAGGCGCGGCGGAGGCAGCAACGGGCGCGGCGUGCGCGGCGAGCGCGGCGUCGGGGGCCUCUGGGGGUCUGCCGAGUCUCCAGGACCUCGUGGCUCGUGUGCAGCGCGAGGGCGGCGUUCCCAAGCUUGCCCCAAAGGUGCAGAAAGAGCUCGAAGAUGUCAUUGACGGCCUCUGCAAGGACACAGACGUUUCGAACGACAACUUGGUCCGCCGGCUGACUUCCCUGGUCAAGUCUGGCGCUUUCGGCAAGACGCUGCAGGGCGUCUACGAGGCUGAGGAGAGGGCGCAGGACGAGGCAGAGGAGGCGCAGCGAGUCCGUGAAGCGGCGGACGGCUUCAAUCCGCGCGACCUCGCCAGUGCGCUGCGGAAAGCGACCGCCGAUCCGGCGGCGCGCAAAGUCGCACAGGCGAUCAUGUCCGCUGGGAAUGCGCCCACGCCGGCGGGCGAGGGCCCGCAGAGUGCCUCUGCCGCCGCCGAGGGCGGCGGAGCCCAGAGGUCUGACGCCUCUGCUGAGAGCCGCAGAGACGCGGAGGACCAACGCCUGCGAGAGGCCUCGAAUAACUUUUCUCGUGAGGCGCCGGAGAAGGGCGCCGAGAGCAUCAAGAGCGAGGGCGACCUCUUCGACAUCAUACGGGGCAGCACCAAGCAAUACCUUGAGCAAUUGAAUAUGAAACCGGUGCCUCCCGGCCAGAGUCGACUCGACGACAAGACCGUGAUUCACUGGAAAGAAGAAACGGAUAUUCUCCAGGUGUGGAUUCCUCUGCCGCCAGAUUACAUCCGUGAGAGCAUCAGCGUGUCCACGGCGCGGGCGCGACUUCGAGUCUCGUGUCGCGUGAGAGGAACGACGCAAGGAGUGGGGCAGCCGACGGAAGAUGACGUCGUUAUCGUAGAUCGUCAGAUGAAGGGUUAUAUGGUGAGCGCCGAUACCCACUGGACGAUCGCGUCGUAUCCGCUUAAGCCCCGAACGGGGGAGGCAACCGCGGCAGAGACGCAGCAGCAUUUUUUGCACGCCGUAGGGCCCAAACGAGGAGACUCACGCAGAAUAUGGGGCGAUCUGUUCGGUGAGCCGCCCAGCAGGGAGGAAUGGAUGCUUCACAACGAUGAGAGAUUCACGGAGCUCGACGGCACGAAGCCUCCGCCCCCUCACGUCCUGAAGCACGUUCCCGAGCUGGAGCAACCCGAGGUCAAGCAAUUUAUCGAGGCGUUCCACAAGAUGGGGGAAGAGGCGGACGAUUCGAAGGAAUAG